CGCUUGGUGUGAAUCGAUAAGUCGAAUAAUCGACUUUAAAUUUCGAUACUGUAUAUACUGCUGUGUUCAACACAAAGGAUUUAACUAAGUACAGGUACUAUUACGGUAUUCAGCUAAGAAAAACUAUCCAAGCAUCUUUUUGGAAAAUAAUUUAAAGUUUUCUUUAAAUAAAAAAGGAUAUAAGAAUAUAAAAAAUCUUGGUAUUUAUUUAUCAUAAUUACUGAUAAAAUACCAUUUAUUUGUACGUUAAUGUCGGAUUCUAUACGAGAGAGUUUAGACGACAGUGGAUUGAACAAUCAGGUCCCACAAUUUCUGAAGUUUUCACUAACUAUCCUCGUCUCUUGGAUUUUAAUGGAGAAAUGAUUGAACGAGAAUUUGAUUCUCUAUACCCGGAUUCAGGAGAUAAUUUUUUGGAAAAAUUUCCCACGUUCUAUGCCCCCCGUAUUCUUCGUUAUGUCCAAGAAUGUAAACCAGCUGUAUACGCUGAAUCAACUAUUAUUGAGGAUGAAAAUUUGAGGGCUCUACUGGUGUUGUGUACAUUAAUGGCAGUAUCGAACUCAGUCAUCACAAAAAGAGGCAAAGGCAAGGGCAAAGGAAAAAAAAGAACCCAUGAAGAAAGGGAUGAAUCUCCUGUGCCUGUUAGAAGUUCUAUGUUUCCUAAUAAAGAUUUAUUAAAAACUGUCGCGGAUGGAACAAACCUGAAGAAUUAUGCUACCGAAUUAAAAAAACGCCAAGUUACAAACAUUCAGCCUUAUCUAAUACUAAUGAAGGGCCAAGAUUGUGAAUCUUAUUUUAUUGAAGGCGAUAAUUGGUUUAUCGAUGUAAACCAAAACAGUACUCCAAUUGCGGCUUUUAAUAUACUAUAUAAACUUUUUUAUGUUUUAAAUCUUCAGUACCCGAACAGUCUACAAAAUUUUUAUAAUUUUAUUGAUUGUUACAUUUUUAAAAUGAAAAAUGUUAAACCGAGGUCUGUGGUAUCAUCACUACAUGUCACGUUAAGUGAUAUUUUACAAAAUAAUGAUGAGAAGGAUGACAGUUUGUCCGAUUAGUUUUAAAA